UAUUAACAUUUUCAAACUAUUAGUUUUCCAUAGAACAUAAUUUGAAGCAUUCAUUCUGUGAAACUGUAGGUACUUUGCUUUUAUAUUUGGAGAAUUAGAGUUGCCUUUGAUAAAUAAGCUGGAAAGGAGGCUUAACUAUUAGUGGGUAAAAAACCACAGGUUUUAAAGUUAUGUAGGCUUUUAUUUAGGUCGUAGUGUUAGCAGUUUGUUUGAUCUUGGCUUAGUUACUUCACAUCUUGAAGCCUCAGUUUCCUUAUGUUAGUACUUAACCUCAUUAGGAUUAUGAGAAUUAAAUAAUGUUAUAUAAAUAAAACAUAUAGAGAUUGGUGCAUGAUAAAUAAAUACUCUUUUUAUAAGCUAAUAAGUUUGUUAAUGUUUCAUGGUUGCUGGCAGAAAACAGGAGACCCCCAGGUCGGAGACAAAUAACAUUAUCACUCAUGGGACAGCAAGCAGCAUGAACAUCAGCAUGUUUGCUUAGGUUUUCAUUGCUACCAAGUCCUGUCAGUGUGCUGGGUGUCCAUGUGAACACAUGCAGUGUGAGUUUGUGUCUUUUUUAAAAAAAUUUUUUUAAAGCAAGCAGCAAAUAUUGUAGCAAACAAUAAACAAGCUAGUUCAUAUCUCCCUGAGAUGGCACCUGCUGUUGCCUUGACCUUGUUUGUUGCCUAUGUAACUUAUUAUUACACAAGAAACAGCUCAGUAUCAGGAAAUGGAAAGCUUUGCAAACUGGCACACUCAGCAAGAAUAUGCAGGGACUUUCAGGCCUGUGGCCGACUGCCUCACCCAGUAGUACAUGUUCUCGAUGAGAUAACAUAUGGUGAUUUUUAGGGGUAGUUGUUCUAUUUUCCACUUUUAAAGAAGCAUGCCAUCCUUUUUACCUUAUGUUGCUCUCCAGUUAUCACCUUCUUUUCUUGGCCAGCCUGGUUGCUUUGAUCUUGUUUCUUUUGAAUUUGUCAGUAUACUGUAUCUGGUUUAUAGUCUUACCAUACCUCUUUUGCAUAAUGGUUACUCAAUUGCAUAAGCUAAUAAAUAUUUUUCAGUUCUCAUAUUGCUUGAUUUCUAUUAUGUAAAUAUAGAAAUCCUUGGAACUCCUUGAAACUCCUUCCUUAUUCCUGAUACUAAGAAGCUUUCUGCUUCUCUUGACUUCUCUGGCUUUUCUUCUCUUAGAGAAUUCUUUUUGUACUUAAUCCAUACUCCUUAAAAUAUUCAUACUUUCCAUGGCAUGGAAUAUUAUACUAGUCUACUUACUACUUCCUUCCUUCACCCGACCAUCCUUCAUUGUAUCAUUUGCACUACAUGGGUCAUAUUUGUGGAAUACAAGUUGAGUAUCCCUAAUCUGAAAUCCAGGAUGCCCUCAAAUCUGAAACUUCUUGAGUGUCACAUGAUGCCACAACUUCACAAUGAAGAGGACAAUUCAGAAUCAUCUGCUGUAGAGCAGCCAUCUACUUCAAACUCAUCACCACAGGAUGUGCAGACUGCUCCCUCAGCAUCAGCACUUGAAACAGACUCUUCUCCUCCACCAUAUAGUAGUAUUACUGUGGAAGUACCUACAAGUUCAGAUUCAGAAGUUUACAGUGAGUUUUAUCCUGUGCCACCUCCCUACAGUGUUGCUACCUCUCUUCCUACAUAUGAUGAAGCUGAGAAAGCUAAAGCUGCUGCGAUGGCAGCUGCAGCAGCAGAAACAUCUCAAAGAAUUCAGGAGGAAGAGUGCCCACCAAGAGAUGACUUCAGUGAUGCAGACCAGCUCAGAGUGGGUAAUGAUGGCAUUUUCAUGUUGGCGUUUUUCAUGGCAUUUAUUUUCAACUGGCUUGGAUUCUGUUUAUCCUUCUGUAUCACCAAUACCAUAGCUGGAAGGUAUGGUGCUAUCUGUGGAUUUGGCCUUUCACUGAUCAAAUGGAUCCUUAUUGUCAGGUUUUCUGAUUAUUUUACUGGAUAUUUCAAUGGACAAUAUUGGCUUUGGUGGAUAUUUCUUGUACUUGGCCUGCUGCUUUUCUUUAGAGGAUUUGUUAAUUAUCUUAAAGUCAGAAACAUGUCUGAAAGUAUGGCAGCUGCUCAUAGAACAAGAUAUUUCUUCUUGUUAUAGAGACUACAGCAGCCCGACAUUCCUUUCUUAUGCCAAUGUGAAAUUUCCAGAUCAUCUGUAAACCUACAACUUUAAUAGGAUAGAAGACUACUAAUAACAGAAGACAAAUUAGUGAAGAAAAGAUAGAGCUUCAAAAUUGAAUAGCAGGGUGGUUUAUACUUAAAAGCCAUUUCUGUUCAUUCUUUACCUAUCUAUAUUUCAUUUGUUUUGCACAUGUGCAUAUGUGCCCAUUUAAAAGAUUUGCAUAUACUUGAAAGAAACCUUAAAGUUGUACCAGUAAAGUCCAGUCACAUUUGGUUAAUCAGUGUUUGAUAUAAUUGAAAGAGUUGAGUGGUAAACAGUCUUCCAGCAUGUAAAUGCCAUUGACUUCUGACCUGACAUUUAGUGUAAUAAAAAUGAAAUUAUUAACCAUGUCAAAUGCUUUUACUUUCUGGGUCUUAGAUUCAUCUGGUAAUUCUAUAUAUGAAACAUCUUUUGUUAUAUAUAAAGUUUAUUGAAACCUGCAGUGCUGAUUAUUGGAAAGGAUUUGUCAGAUUUUUGAACAUGAUAUUACAUUAUUAUUUAGGAAAACUCUUCCUGUAAAUAACCAUGCAUAAAGUACUUUCUGCAUUGUUUUCUUAGAAAUUGUGUCUAGAUAUCUUCUCAUUGAUUUUAAAUUAAGUGAACUAAAUAUAUAUAUAGAAAAUUUGAGUGUUAAAGAUAGAAUUUGUUUUUAAGACAAAUGUUAAGGAAAUGAGGGUAUACCAAAUGUCCUUUAUAAGAAAAAAAAUUUUUAAGGGACGUACUAAUUUUAGAGAUUUUCAAACAAGAAGCUUGUUUUCUAGGAUUGCCCAUCUUAGAGAUUCUUGCAGGAAGAGGUUGUAUUAGAUAUUAUAUUUAUUUCAUUUAAGAUAAUUUUGAAAAUUAAUUUUCCAAAUAUUCUCAUUUGCAUUUGUCUUUUAAAAAGCCAAUAAAAGUAUCUUUCAAUAUCAUUGUAAUAAUUUGUUCUUUAGAUGUUUAAUUUGUUAAGCUUAGCAAAUAAAAUUUUGUGCUAUUAAUAGCUUCUGGUUUUUAUGAUUAUAGAUUAACUUGUAAAAAACAUAUCCUAAGUUGAGAUAUGUGAAAUACCCAUUUUCAAGUUAUGGAAAUGUGUCUGGGGAAUCUAGGGGUGUGUGUGUGUGUGUGAUGAGAGUGUGUCACCAUUGUCACAACUGGAAUCUAAUCUACAUUCAUAAGCUACUAUAUUUCAUAUCUUGCAAAUCAUUCUAUGUCUCAUCUGCUUUUCAGUUAUAUCUUUGCUUUUGAGUACCAACAUUAAAAAUUAUGGUAUAUCAUCUUUUAAACCUAAAAAAUAUUUAAUAUAGCUAGAUAGAAUAUAUAAAAUUGAUUACUUAUUUAUUAUUAGACACUACUACUAAAAGGUACAUUUAAUUAUCCAGGGACAUUUUUCCAUUGCUGAAAAAUAAAAUUUAUUAUGCUUUAUAA